UGUAUAAUGGAUGCACCCAGCAAUUCCUUUUCCUCCUUUUAUUGAGGCGAAUCACAGGUGCACAUACUAUAGCAAUGUCAACAAAAUCCAUGUUUGACAAUCGUCUACUGUCUGCAAAUGCUCUCACGAAAUGAAAGGCAGAAUGACUGAAAGGUCGUUCGUCUGCGCGCUUUCAUAUAAUUCGAAGGGCCAACGACAGAAAAGUCCGGGGUUGUCGGUAGAGGUAACCGACUGCCAGUCGUGUCGUAACAGUGUGCGCAUCUCUAUAUGUUCUUAAGGGCUUUGUGCGAACGACGAAACAGUCGUCUGACUGCUUGUCUUACGUGUGCGGUAACCCUAAGUCCUCAUAAUGUUUUCUGGAGAUAAUUUGGCACAUUUAAGUCGUUGAUAUUUGUAAUUCCAAACCUGUCAGUCUUAGCUUUACAGAUUUCUUAAUUUGUUGCAACUAUCAUAUGUUGGUGUCCUGAUUUAUAAAAAAAUAAACACAUUUAAUUUUUUUGUUACUGGAUUAGUAGGAGGUUAUUUAACGACUGCUGUAUCAAAUGCAGUGAUUAUUUAAUGUCAAAUGAUGUUAAAGGUUAGCUCCAUUCAGUGAAGUUGAGAGGAUCUGAAAGGAGCAGUCUUGCCAUAUUAAAUGGUGCUCUCUGGAAAUUUAGAGGGGGAAAACAAUGAAAAGAUCAGUCGUUAAAUUCAGUGUCUAAGAUAAGAUUUAAACUGGGCAUCUCUGCGAUACAAAUCAGAAGUGUUGAGACAUUUUCAACAAUUUUAUAUAUUACUCAUAGCGAAUGGGGACAGAAUUUAUACAUAAUUUAUAAUCAGCGGAUGAAGGAUGGUGUUACGAGAUGGUUUGUUGCAGCUGGAAAUAUUCCUGCCACAAGAGGUCAAAAGUAAUAAGACUGGUACAGUGCUACCAACAGAUCUAACAAUCAGUUCAGCCGGUGGUGAAAUCAGCCUGAUUCCAUCAGUCGCACUACAUGAUGGCCUAACACUCGCAGAUGGUGCGCCUCAGAAAUGGGCUCUGGAGCUCCCGGAUACGUCGUGGUCAGCCACCUCUAGCGGGGAAUACGAACGAGAGAUGACACUGCGCAUACUUGUACCAAAGCAGAAGCAAACUCCCACCACGAGUUUCCCUGUCAAUUAUCGUCUGUACGUUUGUUACGAACAUUCAGAAUGCAAAACCUAUGCUUUGUUGGAAUCGUUAUAUAUGCUGAAGGUGCGCCGGCCAAAGUUAUCCACCAUUUUACUCGCAUUAUCCGACCGUAUCAAACGCAAUCUUCAAGCAAUAGCGAACCAUCAUAACCCAUGCAUAUCCUUCAUUUUUGUAACCACCAAAAUUGUUUUUUGAAAUGUUUAUCAUCGGUUUUAUUAACAUGUGAAUGUUAUUUCAAAAAUGCAUGAAAUAAAGAAUAUCUGCUAAGCAGUAUUAAUGUUGAAA